AUGAACAGUUCAAUUCAACUUUUCAUAGUAGGCUGGUAUGUGUGUUCUAUAACGCUCUCUAUCUACAAUAAAUGGAUGUUUGAUCCAGAGCUUGGAUUGAGCGUACCGUAUCCAAUUUUGGUGACUUCUCUGCACCAAUGGUUGUUGUGGGCCAUAUCGUGGGCUUAUUUGAGAACCAAGAAAAUUGAGAGACCAGCAGAUCUUGCUAGGGACGAACAGCCGUGGAAAUUUUUUUUGAAGUAUAUCGUCCCAACAGCGCUUGCUUCUGCCGGGGACAUUGGUUUCAGUAAUGUGUCAUUCAAGUUCGUGGCUCUUUCUAUCUACACAAUUGUAAAGUCCUCGAGCAUAGCUUUUGUGCUCUUGUUUGGGUGUCUUUUCAAGACUGAGCAAUUCCGGUGGAGGCUCAUGGCAAUUGUGCUGGUCAUGUUUAUGGGUGUAGCUUUGAUGAUAUACAAACCCGAUACGGCCGACGACGAUAACGGGGGAGAUCACAAAGUACUCGGGGCACUCCUAGUCUUGGCGAGUAGUGCCCUUUCAGGGCUGCGCUGGGUAUACACGCAGUUGAUCUUGAAGAAAGGCGACUCAUCCUCGCCAGCGCCAGCAGACACCGGAAAUAAGACCCCGAUUGACACUAUUUAUCGGCUUGCACCUGUCAUGGGGUUAACUUUGCUGGCUACGUCCCUUGCCAUCGAGGAACCCUUCCCAGGCGUGUUUAGCUCCCACUUGUUUUCGAUGAACGACCGCAUAACUACCGGCUCCGUGAUGAGAGGCACUCUUCUUCUUGGAAUUCCGGGCGUGUUGGUUUUUUUCAUGACAAUCUGCGAAUUUGGCAUUUUACAGCGGGCGCAUGUGCUGACGCUUUCAGUCGCUGGCGUGGUGAAAGAGCUGCUCACUAUUGCAGCAAGCAUGGUCAUUCUGCGAGAAAAUCUCGUGGGGUUCCGCAAUUGGGUGGGAAUGAUUAUCAUUCUACUAGAUGUCUGCUAUUACAAUGCUUUCCGCUACUACGAACGAAGAGGCGAGUCAUUUCCCGUCAACGACCAAGAGUCUGAUAUUUUCCUCCAAGAAUUCGAAUUGGAGUCUACUGAGCAAAGCUUUCCUGUUAGACAUAGAACUGACUGA